AAUAGAGCUCACUGAGGUUGGUAACUGGAUACAUUUCGUUCUGCUGUUGAGUUCUGAAUGAAUAUGAAGCUUCCUCUCCUCGUCGCUCUUUUAGCUUCAAUUUAUAUUGAAGAUGGCACAUUCGUACCAAUAAGCGAUCAGGUUUUCUCAAUUACUCCAGAAACAGAUGAGGGGGUUGAAAUUAUCAAGAAUCUAACCAGCAACGAUGAGAUUGAACUGUGCCAUCCAGAUUCAGUUCACAAUAUUAAAAUUAACAGCGAUGUCCACCUGUACAUGAACAUAUCAGACUUGGAUUUUGUAAAGGAUCUGUUACAUAAAAAUGGCAUUAAGUACAAAGUAAUGGUGGAAAAUGUUCAAGAACUGAUAGAAAUGCAAACAAAAAAAGAAUCCAACGGCCCUCGAACUUUCACAGGAUCCUUUUAUGAACAGUAUCAUCCAUUGGAAGAAAUAUAUGCUUGGAUAAAUAAAAUAUCUCAUGAGCAUCCAGACAUGCUAGAGAUCAUAUUGAUCGGCUCCUCAUUUGAAAAACGCCCUCUUUAUGUUUUAAAGCUAACAGGGAGGAGAAAUUCUCCCAGAAGAGCAAUGUGGAUAGACUGUGGAAUCCACAGCAGAGAGUGGAUCUCCCCUGCUUUUUGUAUAUGGUUUGUUCAAAAUGCUAUUGAGUCUUAUAAUAAAAACCCAGACAUUACUCAAAUGCUUGACAACAUGGAAAUCUAUAUUCUCCCUGUAAUGAAUGCUGAUGGAUAUGUGUAUACUUGGACAACCCGUCGAAUGUGGAGAAAGAACCGGUCCAUAUAUGAAGGCAACAGCUGUGUUGGGACUGACCUGAACAGAAACUUUGAUGCUGGCUGGUGCACUAAAGGAGCAUCACAUAACCCCUGUGACAACACCUACUGCGGCCCCUACCCUGAGUCUGAACCUGAAGUGUCUGCCGUAGCCAAAUUCCUCAGAGAGAAGAAGGACAACAUGAAGCUCUACUUCACCAUCCAUUCCUAUGGCCAAAUGCUGCUCUUCCCCUAUUCGUAUUCCUACAAUCAGGCCUCAAAUCAUGAUGAACUGCAACAACUAGCAGAUGAGGCAACCCAGCAGAUUCGGAGAUAUUACAAAACCAGAUACACCAGUGGUCCUGGAGCUACAACAAUAUACCUAGCCCCUGGUGGUUCUGAUGACUGGGCUUAUGACCUGGGGAUCAAAUAUUCUUUUACAAUUGAGCUUCGGGACACAGGCAGAUAUGGAUUUCUGCUUCCCCCACAACUGAUCCAGCCAACCUGCCUGGAGGUGCUUACUGCAAUCAAAAUAAUCACACGCCAUGUCAUUAAGAAUACUGAAUAAGUCAUUCUCUACCUGUAUUGCUCAUGAUUAUGUGCUACCCAUACUCUUAUUUAAUUGUAACAUAGAAAUACAUAACUAUACAUCUUGAUAAACAUAUUAUUAAAAAUGCAGUCUUUUGUGUAUACAUUA